AUGUCGCCACAUUAUGCUUUCAGCAGAGAUCGCUUCCCUGGUUUGGUGAUAAAAAAUAUUGCCAUAGCUGCGGAUGAAGUCGAGUUAUUGGAGUGCAUCGAAGAGACUCUUUACGCCUGGUCUGUGCUGUCAGAAGUUUACCUUCGCAUAUGGAGUACCGGCCGACCUAAUCUGUUUGCCAGUAAUAUCGAGCGAAUGAGGAGCCGUACUCCAUUCCAUCUGUCCAAGUUGAGCCUGGCCACUGGCAAUCGGGAUCUGCGUCUUCUUCGGAAUGUGCGAAAUCUACCUCUUUAUAAUCUGCGUCAGCUGGCACCAAUCAACCUUCCUGUUUGCGUGGUUAAAAAAACGAAGAAAACUGCCUAUCAAACAGUCUAG